CACUGCAAAAUUUUGGGAAAAAUAUCAUAAGUUUUUUGAUGAAAAGUGUCGAAUAAGUAAAGAAUUACCUGCAAAUGAUGAAAUCUAACCACUUCCUUACUAAUCAAGGUAUUUACUCUGUUCCUUGAGGAUAUCUGCUUUUAAAAGAUGUCUCGAUUUGAUGUCGACCGAUUUGAGGUUCCACCAGAUGCUGAAUUGGUGUGCUGCAUCUGCCAAGGGGUGCUCGACCAACCCAAAGAAACUCCAUGUCGUCAUGUAUUCUGCCAAGUGUGUAUUGAGACUUGGCUUGAGAAACAUCGAACAUGUCCAACAUGCCGAGGGAUCACAAGGAAGGACCAGCUCCAAAAUGUGCUACCGCUGCUACAAAACAUGAUCAACAGACUAAGACUACGUUGUGUUAAUCACGCCAAUGGUUGCCAAGAGGUGUGGAUGACUGAACAUCACACUGAUGUACAUGAUGAUGUCUGCCCUUAUAAGAAAAUUAAGUGCAAGCAUAGACUAUGUAAACGAGAACUGAUCAGAAAAAACUUAGCAAAGCAUGAGUCAACUUGUGAUUUGGCUGAAGGAAUGUGCCCCAAGUUCUGUGGCUUGACAGUAUUUGUGAAGAAGAUGCGCUCCCAUUCUUGUCUUGAGGAAUUAAAAGCCAAAGUUAAAGAGCAAGAAGAUAUCAUUAAAGAUCAGAAGACACAGAUUCAACAGCUGCAAGAUGAGGUGAAAAAUAUGAAUGAGCAGCUUCAGAAUCAAGAAGAUUGGGGUGAUGAUGACUAUUAUUCUGAAGAUGACAAUGGCUGGGAAAGUUGGUCUGGUGGUAGCAAUAUAAGUCAAAGCAAUGCUAGUAACGACAAUGAUUCCAUGGUCGGUUUCUCUGAGAAUUCCGACUUCAGACCAUAUGAUCCAUGGAGCCCACAAACAUACAAUGUUGCGGCGGCUGGUGCUAGAAUGGAUGUGGUGUACCGUGUCACUCCUCCUGCGUCACCGACGGAAUCUGACCAGCGUGGUACUCUACCCGCCCCAACCCUGACUACAAGUUCACCUGCAAGGGCUGCUGGUGUAGCCAGUCCAGCUGCAGCUAUCUCUGAUCAUAACUAUUAUAGCUACGAUGACCACACCCCAAUGCGUCCCGAUAGUGAUGAUUAUGAAGGGUCUGGUUACUCCAACAGCCAGUACAGCAACUAUGGUACCUCUCGGGACCAUUAUGACGAUCAGAGUAAUAGUCAAGGUGACGGAAACAGCCAGCCUGGAAGUUUCUCGUGGAGCAGUGGGCCGUCGGGGACACCAAUUGCUAGUGAAGACCAAGCCUCGUUUGGUUCCUUUAUUUCAAGAUCGUACUCGAGAUCAAGUUCAGUGCAUUCUGAGGAUGAUCAAAAUUCCUACGUGUCUAGACAAAGCAGUUCAAAUUCUGAUAGCGAAUCUUCUGGUAACCGUGUCCCACAUCAUGGAAAAUUUUCCCAUGUGAACACGAGUACCGGUAGUAGUAGUGAUAGUGACUCAGAACCUGGCCGAAAUACUGGUGGCAAACAAUCAACUUUUGGGAAGAAGGCUCUGACUUUAUGUGUGUCAGAUGACCAAGUGACUUCAUCCGGAUUGGUUGAAUAUUCUGUCGAGGAUAACGCUACUAAGUCCUCGCUUGAAAAACGAUCAAAGAAACGAAGACGUGGAUCAAGUGAAUCUGAUGGUGGAGCGAAGCAAGUGUCUUCCAAGAAGGUGAAACGGUCAACCAACUAUGAUCAGACAGACGGAACAUCACCUAGCACUCACACCAGUGGUUCUAGUCGAAGUGGUGAAGGUUCAAGCCUGAACCAUAACAAUUCUACUAGUGAUAAUCACGCUACUCUGCGAAUUCGUCGUAGCCAGCGCCGACCAAAGCCAGUUGAGAACCCAAGUUCUCUCCCUCUCUACAGCUCUGACAGUAGUGAUAGUGAUAUCAGCUACAGGGCCCCAACCGAGGCGCCAUCUGAUGUGACAAUAUCAGAUGAACACAUGACUGAUGAGUUUAGUGAAUCUGAGCGUAAUCGUUUUGAAACCGUUGAUAGACUUUUGGAUAAAUUUUGCGAAGAAUCUGACUCGAAUGAUGGCAGUUGGACCCCUAGCCCCACCUACAGGCCUAAUUUUCAUUAGUUCUGCUUAUUUCCCUUAAUGAUGCUGGUUGGUUUGUAAACAUCCAGGAUAGAAUAUGCUAUGUAUUUGCCAGGCUACAAUAGUUGGUAAUUUUUCACCAAUGGUUUUGCUAAUAGGAGUGGGUUGGUGAUGAAAUAUUUGGCACUGAAAGAAGUUUCCUUUUGAAGGAACAAAUUCCACAUAUUCAACAAAAGAAAAAUAUUGACAUUAAGAUAUAUUUCUAUAUCUAUAUAUUUACAUGUAAAGUUCAAGAAACGCAUCAAGAACACAAAUCAAUCUGUAUGUGAAAAUGAACAUUUUAAUGUGUGAGUAUAUACUGCAAAGACGGUAAAAUUUCACGCCUUUUUUGUUACCGGGUACAUGUAUCUUUAUUCGCGCCUCAUAUAAGUUUUAAAAAUAUUCACUCAAGAUGAUGUAAAGUUCAAUCACAGAUAGGUUUAAAGACAUAAGAAAAUUAAUAUAUAGACACAAACUCUUCAAUUUCUAUUUGGAUUGUAACUAGAUUUGCACUAUUA